AUGCUCCUGAAGGCACAAAAGUAUAUGAACGCGGAAGACGCUUUAGCUGCCAUAAAAGAUGCUGAGAGACUAGGGGACAAGUUCAAAGGAGAAGACGACCGCAGAGGGCAAAAGAGAGACAGACCAGAACGUCGGAACAACGACGGGAAUAGAAGGAGAGACGACAAAAAUCCUCGUCAGAACAAAUAUUGCCGGUUCCAUAGAGACCACGGUCACAACACAGAAGAAUGCAGAGACCUGAAGGAACAAAUAGAGGAAUUAAUACGGAAAGGAAAGUUACAGAAGUAUGUAAAGAAAGGAGAAUAUGGCAAGUUCAGAGACGACAACAGGACCCAACAUGAAUCCUUUACUCGGGAUGACGACCAUCCGUCCCAACCUCCACGCAAAGUGAUCAGGGAGAUAAACACGAUCGCGGGAGGACCAUCCUCAGGGGGAUCAUUUAGAUCACUCAAAAAAGCAUGCCACAGACAGGUGAACAGCGUCCACACCAUGCCUCCGUCCAAGUACCGACGAACAUACCAAGACAUGUCCUUCAAUGAAGAAGAUGCCAGGGGAGUAAAGCAGCCUCACAACGAUCCCCUGGUCAUAGUACUGAAUAUAGAAGGGUUCAAUACCAGAAGGAUCCUUAUUGACAACGGGAGCUCAGCGGAUAUCAUCUACCUCCCAGCCUUCCAGCAGCUAAGAUUAGAUCCAAAAAGGCUCCGUCCUUUUGACUCUCCACUCGUCAGCUUCAGUGGAGACAGGGUCUACCCCAGGGGAAUAGUGACUCUGAUGGUGACGGCAGGGACCUACCCAUUGUAG